AUGUCAAAACGCGAAACCGAUGUGAGCUCUCCUGCACCUAAACGGAAGUCAAUUCGGAUUGCGAGACAAGAGUCGCUUGCGGGAGCCACUAGUAACCUUAGAAUCUGUUCCGGCUCCAACUCCAGUGCCCGUUCAAGCUAUGACUUAAAGGAUCUCCCUUCUUCGGCAUCUAAAUUUGCGUUAGAAGAUGUGGAAGCACUAAAUGCAACCUUCGAAUCGACUUCCAACGAGAACGAUGUCAUACCUGAGGUUGAAAGUGAGAACUACAUUGUAAAAGAAGAUUUCACUGUUGGUACGAUUAGCGGAACUUCGGAUCGACACGUCAAAGGGUUCAUUAGCAAACUACACAGAGUUGUCGUGAAUGCAAGUCUCGAUAUAGGCAUGGAUGAAUCUAAAACCGGCUCAUUAGUAACCCAGCUGUUAACUAGUAUUGUUGACUUCAAUAUUUGGCCAUUAGAGGUUAGAGUCAAAGAAUGCUACAGGCUAUCCGUUAGUGAUAAGAGAAUAUCUGCAAGACCUGAAUUUGUCGUAGAUUUGAAAGAAGUUGUUAUGAUAGUCGUAGAGGAUAAACAUUUGAAUAAUGUUUCUGCACCUGAUUUUGGGGAAGCGCAGAUACUUGCCGAGAUACUUGCCUGUGGAUAUGAAAAUGUGCGUCUAUCUAUUACGGAUCAGACCAUAUUGGCUGUUAGUAUCAUCUCCUCGUAUGUUACAUUCUACAAGGCUGAGCAUAUUGGAGAGAACUUAAGAGGGGCUUACCACGAAAGCAGUCAAUUACAGUUUUAA